AUGGCUUUGGAGCUGCGGCUGGCGCCGGCGGCGGCGGAGGAGGAGAGGCGCCUGUCCGAGGAGGACGGGCUACUGUUCCAGGACAUCGCGAGGGAGGUGGGGCGGCUCGGCAUCCGCGAGACCGAGGUUGAGGCCCAGGGGCGGCGCCAGGAGGACGCGGCCGCGGCGGACGGCCUCCUCCCACUUCCGGCGGUUCCUGAGCGCCCUGGGCAGCAGGGGGGCCUGUACCGGCCUCCCUUAUCCGUGACGAGGGUUCUGUCGCUCGUGGUGCAGGAGGCCGGCCCGGUGCCGCCGCCGCCGACGGGGGUACCCGGCGGCCGUAGGGUGCUCGACGAAUGGCACUUCCCGGGCGAUCAUCUCGGCCGCGGUCGCGCCCCUGUCCACCAGAACUUCCGCGCCGCGGGAUCCGUGCCGCCGCGCGCCACCUGGUCUGGCGACGCGUACGCCCGCGCAAGGGCGUUUCCUGGGCGCGCCGCCAGCACACAGCUGGUCGAGGACAUCGUCCUGUUUCUCGCCAAGAACGAGCAAACGGUGCUCAACAUGCUGUUCUGGGGAGCCCCCGAGGACGCGGACGCCGUGGCAGCGGUGAUAGUCCAGCACGCCGUCCCUCUCAUCGAGAGCAGCCACGGGACCCGCCUGCUCGUUGUCGUCCUCAGCCGCUGCAACCAUAUGCUCCAGGAAGCGAUCGUCGCUAGAAUCACUCGAGACCACAAGAAGUUUUUCAAGAUUUGUGCUGCGAGGUCAGGUGAGGUGGUGAGCAUGAUCAAUUCCUGCAUAUCCGAGAAAUCACUGGAGCUUCUGAGAGAUGCAAUCGUGCCAUGGGUGACUCCGUUUAUGAUGGCUCGCCUUGUAACGGAUUCGAGUAGACUCAUGGUGGUGCAUGCCUUGGUGCAGUGUGUUCCUCAUCCAUACUUUGCUGAGUUUAUUUUUGAUGCUGUUGCUACGAACUGCUUAGCACUUGCUAUUCAUCCGCAUGGAGUGUCCCUCCUGCAAAGUUGUCUGGAGCAUGUCGGAUGGACAGAAAAGGAUAAUGUUUUAUCAAAAGUCUCUUGUUGCAGCACCGAUCUUGCUCAAAAUCGUUUUGGAAACUACAUUGUUCAGUACGUCCUGAAACAAAGAAACCCAUCGUACUUGGCAAUUAUCGCAUCCCGCUUCAGGUCUAAUUAUGUGACACUCUCAAGACAAAGAUAUAGCAGCAAUGUGGUUGAAACGUGCCUAGAAGUUUUUAAUGACAGAGAUCGAUCUAACAUUGUUCAUGAAUUGAUUCGGUAUCAUCCCUUCAGAGAUUUAGUGUCUGAUGAGUUUGCUAAUUAUGUCAUCUCUAGAGCCCUUACAACCUGCAAGGUUCCUCUUCGGGAUCGAUUGGCCACUGCUAUCCUUUCCCUUCAAAAUGUCAAUCGCCGUCACCCUCAUUGUCUGAAGAUGUUCAACACACUUUCUGAGCUUGGCUACAGAUAUUGA